UUAAUUUCUAUAAAAAAAUUCCUUUCGGUCACGGAAAACACUCACACUUGUAUCUUUUAUAUUUUUUUAUAGCAUCAAAUAUUUUUAUAACAAAUUAUUUCUAUCAAUUUCAGUCUCUCUCGGUUUUUUUUUCUAAUACUCUCUAUUUUCUUUUUGUAAUUUUCAUUAGUUUAUAAAAAAUUUUAUUGUUUAUAUUUACAAGCUGAAUUAAUAACAACAAGGAGCCAUAAUAUUAUCAUCAUAAUAUUCGAAAACAAGUAAGUGAAAAUUAAUUAAGAAAAUAAAUAAUUAUUGUAAUAAAUAAAUAAUGUCGGUGCUUGAUGAUCGAGAUGCAUAUAAAAAAAAUAUUUAUUGGGACAAACCAAUUUAUGAAGAUUAUUCAACAUUUUAUACUGUGAUGAUCGUCUGUUCUAUGUUAGGUAUUUUUUUGAUUAUACUCAACGUUAUUUGUUGCUGGUGUUCAAAACACCGUGACUAUUGGAGAGAUAGACAUACUGGUAAUCGUUGGAUACAAUCAAUUUGGGUAACAACACCACACAAAAAUCCACCACUUGAUUUAUCAGAAUUUGAAUCACGAAUUGUUGAGACAAGAUAUCCCGGUGAAUAUUAUCCAACAUCUGAAGCUGGUGACGUUGAAUCAGCUUAUUUUGAUUCAAGAGUUGGUACACCACAGCCACAAGAAUACAUGGAACUUCAUAAACGUGAAAGUGAAAUUUAAAUAUUUAUAAUUAUUCCAAAAAUAAUUUAAUAAUAAUUAAUUAUAUAUAUAUUAAGAUAAACAAUUGUUGAAAAAAAAAAAAAACAUAACAUAGCUUGGAAGAGAAAAAAGAAAAGAGAAAAAUUUAUUUAAAAUGGGUCUUCAUAUUUUUUGGCCAGCUUCAGCUGCACUUGCAUUAUUUGUCAUUGGUGUCAUAAUGAUACUAAUUAAAUAUGGCCCAGAUAUAUGUGGUAAAUAUCAAAAUCGUUUGACUCAAAGAAUGAGCAAUACUGAGGAGCAAGGCUAUGCCAGAGAAGUAUCAGUAUCAACUGCAUAGUAUUAAGUUUAUUUAUUUUUUUUUUUCAAACGUAAAAAUAUUACUACGUUGAAAAAACAAAAAUGAUCAACAAUUGUAAUCCGUCCAUUAUUUUUUUUUCUAAUAUUUACUAUGUCUUUUUUAUAAACAACAAAUGAUUUUUUAUAUAACAAUUUAUACACUAAUUUUUAAUCGUUAUAAUGACGACAAAUCCAAAAAACAAAAAAACAAACAAUUGUAAUAAUAAUUACUAGCUUUUUUUUAUAAUCACAACUAGUGCCUUUGAAAUUAAAUUUAAAUAAUUAAAGACUUAAUUAAUCUUUAAUUAAGUAAAAAAAUAAAAAUUAUAUUUUAUUUUUAAAAGUAAAAUGUACAUGGAAACUCGAAUCUCACAGUAAAGAGAUUAGAAAUGCUUAAAAUUUCGAUUUUAAAAAAAAUUUCGAUUCACUUAUUGAAAU